AUGACCCACCCUGAUAUCUUCUAUGAGCCACCUAAAGGCGAGAAGUCCGGUCUACCUCAUGAUCCCUUUAAAAGCUUUGUCAUUCCUCGACCAAUAGGUUGGAUCAGUACCACAAGUUCCAGUGGCCAGGACAACCUUGCGCCAUUCAGUCAAUUCACCAAUGUUUCCUUUGAUCCUCCCACAAUCAUGUUUGUGGGACAUCAAUCGGUCUAUAAACGUGAAAGCAAGGAUUCGGUUGUCAAUGCGCGGCAGACGGGAGAGUUUGUCUGGAAUAUGGCAACAUUUGAUACCAGAGAUGCAAUGAACGCCUCAGCUCUAGAGACUUGGAAUGAUGAGUUCCCCAUUGCUGGUGUGACAAAAGUACCAAGUCGCGUUGUCAAACCUCCUCGAGUAGCAGAGUCCCCAGUCCAACUGGAGUGCAAAGUCCACUCCAUUAUCAGGAUUCAGGGAGAUUCUCUCGUGGGGCAUUCUGAUAUCGUGGUUGGCCGAGUCGUUGCCAUUCAUGUAAAGGGAGAAUAUAUUACAGCCGAUGGGCUGUUUGAUGUUCUUAAAGCAGCUCCUCUUGCUCGCCUAGGCUACCACCAGUACACUGCCAUCCGCGAGGUUUUCGAAAUGAAAAUGCCGUUCAUGUACAAUGAUAAUGUUAGUGGAAAUAUACUUGGUGGUGAGAAGGGAGCUUCAGAUGCCGAGCUAUAUGCAACCAGGGAUAAUAGACCACUGGAAGAGAAGCAACAGGAGGAGCUGGAACAUAUGCAGGGGUCUACGAUUAAGCGUAACUGA